AUGUGUUACCUCGAAAUUCAAAGGCAUUUUCUAUUGAAAGUAAAUGUUAAAAUUAGAGCAGAAUGGCUAAUUUCUUUUUUUGAGUUUUAUAUAAAAUUAUUGAAGAUUAAAAUAAUGUCUUUUAAGCCAAUAUCAUCCUUAGAAAAAAAAGAAGAGAGGUGAAGGUAUAUUCACAUACAAGGAAGCAAUUCAAUCUCCAUGAAAGGGUAUGCAAAGAAUAAAAUUGUAACAUCACGAUAUACACUUUUAAAUUUUAUCCCCUUAAACAUCAGAGACCAAUUCAGAAGUUACGCAUAUUAUAUUUUUUUAAUUGACCCUAUAGCUCAGAUAUUCCUUGAUCCAUACUCAAGCUUCAGCUGGAUGUUUAUGAUACCAUUUCUCCUACUAUUGUUUACAACUUUUAUUUUUGAUGCUAUUCAAGAUAUAAAACAUCAUAGGAAUGACUCAGCUACAAAUAAUAAAGAAUAUGAUAUAUGAGACGGAUAUAAAUUUUCUAAUAAAAAGCUCGAAGACAUUGAAGUUGGCGACAUUAUUUUACUAAAAAUAAAUGAAAUAGCACCUGCUGACAUUCUUGUGCUUUAUGUCAGUGAAAAUGAUAAAAUCUGUUAUAUUGACGCAACAAAAGCUAUUGGAGGCACUGAUAUCAUAAUUAAAAAGCCAGUCAGAGAAACUCAAUUAAAUUUCGAUACAAAUGAUAUUGAUGAAAGCAAGCGAAUGACAAAGCUCGACAUUGAAGAGAUAGCAGCACAAAUUCCAAAACUUAAUGCAAAAAUAAAAGUCCCAGAAUCUUCCCAAGGAGAGUUCUAUGGAUCGAUCAAGCUUAGCACAUGCCCAAAUCAAACUGAAAUUGAUAUAUAUAAUUUGAUACAAUUGGGAUCUCAGCUAAUAGAAACCUCAUGAAUUUUUGGGGUUGUAGUUUACACAGGGACUGAAGCAUCAACUAUUGGAGGCCUGUCUUGUAAACCUAAAAAAUUAUCAACUCUAGAAAAGAAACUCAACAGGUGAGUUUUUUGAAUGACUCUCUUGCUAUUUGGAAUGGUAUUGUCUGGAUUUUUUGUAAGUAUCUAUAGCUAUGGAUUAGACUAUGAUGAUACAUAUAUGAGUCUUUUUCUUAAUUUACUUAUCCUUGACCGUAAGCAUAUUCCUGUGAUGCUUUAUGUAACACUACCAGUUAUCCGAUUUUUCCAAAGCUGGAAAAUUUCUAAAAAAUAUGAAGGGAUUUGUGUUCGUUCUUCUAAAGCGAGUGAAGACUUAGGACAAGUGGAAAUUAUUUUAGCUGAUAGAGCUGGAACAAUUAGUAAAAAUAAGCUGAAGAUCACUGCUUGCUGCAUAGGAGAAACAGUUUAUGAGUGAACUGAUACUAUACAAACUGAAAUUCCAGAAACCUGCACUCCUAAAGAGCAAGAUAAAAAUAAUGAAAUUACAUGCAUAAACCCUACAAACGAAAAACUAUCAUUCAAAUCUUUAAAAAAUGACUUCAUAAAAGGGAUCAACGAUGAAAGCCCAGUAUAUAACUUUGUAAUGUGUAUGGCCAUUUGCAACCAAGUCUUUCCUAAAUCAACUGAAAAAAUGAUAUAUAUGAGUGCUGAUGACCGAAUUUUAAUGGAUACCAGUAAAGAUUUAGGGGUCUCAUUGCUAUCUAAAGCCCAUGAUACUUGCCUAGUUGAUAUAUUAGGAAAUAUUAUAGAGUUCCCUAUAAUAGCAUUUCAUCAUUAUACAGGUGAUUCAAGAAAAUACAGAAUUAUUGUAGGGAGCCAUAAAACAGGGGAAGCUAUUCUUUAUGUGAAAGGGCCCAAAAGCAAAAUGUUUGAUAUUUAUAAUUUGACUGAUGAAGAAAAACUUAAUGUUGAAGAAAAUCUGUUUAAUUAUAACCAAUGGGGAAAAAGGCAUAUUUUUAUGGGAUAUAAAAAACUUGCAAAGGAUGAAAUGGACUCUUUUAAUUUUGCUUAUAAUAAUGCGAAAUUAUCCCCAAUUAAUCGAGAUGGAAGAAUUGAGCACAUUCUUGAAGAAUUGGAACAAGGAAUAAGCUAUCUAGGAUGUGUGACUAUUGAAGAUCAAAUCUCAAAUGGCACGAAAAACGCAAUUUCAUUAUUGUCUGAAGGAGGUAUAAAGUUUUGGCUGAUGAGUGGAGAAGAUGAAGAAAUCACUUUAACAACAGCAGUGGCUGCAGAAAUUUUUGAAAUUGAAUCCAAUAUAGCAAGAAUUGGAGGAUAUAAUUCUCAGCUAGACUGCGCUAUUGAUAUGAUUAAUCAUGUGAAAAAUCAUAUUCUCCAUUGCAACACUGAGAAAACAGCCAUAAGCAACCAAAUCGCUGUUUCUGGAACAUUUUUAAAUUGUGACAUUAAGAAAAUGCCUAAUUCCAAAACUGACCCAGUUUUGCUUGAUGGAGAUGAAAGUCCUCAAUCAUUUUUUCAAUAUGGAAGGAGAAGGUCUCAAGAGUACAUGAAAACUAAAAAAUUCCAUCCAUUUUUGACACAAAUAGCAUCAUUCAGUAUUUCAUCACCUCUAAAGAUGAGUUUUAACCCUGAUUCAGUUUACUUCGUGCUAUCAAUUGAUAGUAAUGGAAUUGAUUAUGCACUUAGCUCAGAAGAAAACAGAAAAAUAUUCUGCUCUCUUCUUUGUGCAGCACAUAGUGUUUGCUUUCAUUCACUCAAGCCCAAUGAUAAAACAAGAAUUGCAAGCUUACUUAGAUACAAUUUUUCAUAUAAGCCAAUAUUCCUAGCGAUUGGAGAUAGCUCAAGUGAUGCUGGGAUGAUAAAUUCAGCACAUGUUGGAGUUGAAAUAACUGGAUCAAAAGGCCUUUGCUCGCUAAAUUCUGGACAUUAUGCUAUAAAGAAAUUUUCUCUACUGAAAAAUUUAGUUUUAAUAGAAGGGCACUGGAAUUAUGUUAGAACCAGCAAUAUAGUGAUGAUGAUUUUAUUUAAAUCUGCAUUUUAUUCAUUUUUGGCCUUUUUUUAUUCACUUAUAAAGUCAACUGCUGCGAAUAGUAUUUUUGAAUCCUGGUUGUUGUCGAUGUAUAAUUUAGUGAUCACAGGAAUUCCUUUGAUUAUUAUUGGAAUUUUUGAUGUAGAUAUUGAUGAAAAUCGCAUUUUUACGUAUCCAGAAGUAUAUAGAGCAGGUCUAUACAGACUUUUAUUAACAACAAAGAAGCUCUUUUAUGUAUUUGCAAAAGCAUUGGCAUAUUCUUUAAUAUGCUUUUUUAUAAUAAUGAAUAUAGGAAUAUGAAAUGAUUCGGGGUUUACUGAAAAUUUUGAUUUAAACUCAACAAUUUUAUAUUUAUGUAUGUGCUUUUCAUUUUUACUAUACAUGAUUAUCGAAUCUUAUUCUUAUAGCAAAUUCACAAUUCUUGCCUACGUUUUUUUUAUUAUUUCUGCAAUUAUAAUUUUAGAACUUACUUCUUGAACUAUAGUUUUUGAAAAAUUUGGGAUUUUGCAAAUGAUUAAUAUAUCCCCAAUGGGAAUUUUACUCAUCAUUUUUGUAACUCUAAUAACUGCAAUCUUUAACUAUGCCUUAAAAACAUAUAGCAUAUUGUUCUUCCCAAGCUUUGUUGACUUUUUAAGAAAUAAUUUUAAAGGUAAAGCAUAUUAUGAAGAUCAAACAAGAGUUUCUUAUUUUAAUGAAAGAUUAGAUGAAGUUUACAAGGAAAGCAAAGACUAUAGAAAGAAAAACCAUCAUGAUAUGUUCAAAAUAAACAAGUGAAUUUUAAGAUUUGCCUCAGAGCUUACAGAAUCUGAAUACCAAACAGAAAAAUUUGAUGAAAAAAUAAAAAGUUAUAGAAUUCUCAUCAUGAUUCAGUUCAUUUCUUGCUUUAUUUUCAACCUCUAUAUAUGAGCUGCUGAUAUUGGGAGCAUAUCGUUUCAAAUUUAUUACACGAUAUAUAAAUUUGUCUACUUUGCAUGUAUUUUUAUAUCAUGGCUGCCUUACUUCAAAGGAAAUUUAAAGCAGCUUAUUUUUGCAUUAAAUGUAUACGAAGGUGUUGCAUUUCUAAUAACUACUUUUGCUUUUAAAGUCUAUCUUCAUGCUUUAUAUGCUGUGAUAGAUUAAAUUCAAGUUUAUGUGUGGCUAUAAUUAAGACUCUUUUAUAGGUAAUUAUCUAUAUGCGAUUUCAACUUAAAGUUCACCACUAUACUAUUCUUGGCCUCCAUUAAUCCUUAUAGGUCUUUGCAAUGACUGAGCAUUUUCGCUUAUCUUGACAUUUAUAAUGUGCAUUUUUGUCUCUACAUCUGCUAUCAUCGAAAUAUCGCUCAUUGACGACCUUUCCAGCUCUGAAGUAAUUCUCCAUAGUUUUGAGUUUGUUACAGUCUAUUUCUCAAUAUGGCUCACUUCUGCUUUUAUCGGCUAUUUCACAGAAAAAUACAACAGAAAUAAAUUCAUCCUGAUCAAAAAAGUAGAAAUCGAGGUUGAAAAGUCAAAGCAGGUCCUGGAAUGUGUACUCCCCAAUUUUGUUAGGAAAAGAGUUAAAGAUGGGGCAAGAUACAUCGCUGACGACCAAGGAAUAGUGACUGUGCUUUUCUGUGACAUUUAUAACUUUGAAGACAUCAUUGAAGGUUAUUCCCCUCAAGAGCUCACAGCUUUUUUAGACAAUGUAUAUAGAAAGUUCGACCAUCUAUGUGAAAUGGUCGGAGUUGUAAAAAUAGAAACAGUAGGGAAAACAUAUAUGGCUUGUGCAGGAAUAAAAGAUUGCGAAGCAGAGUUGGAUCCUCAUUUUCAGUCGGUGUCACAUGCAAGGAGAGCUAUAGAGAUGGGGAUAAGCAUUUUAAAGUCUAUACAAAAGAUAAAGCUAUGGAAUGGAGAAACAUUAAAAGUAAAAAUUGGAAUUCAUAGUGGCCCUGUAACUGCAGGAGUUGUAGGGUUCCAUAAGCCUCAGUUUUCACUUGUUGGAGAUACAGUCAAUACGGCAAGUAGAAUGGCAUCUACAAUUAAAGAGCCAAAUAUCAUACAGAUAUCUGAAGAAACUUAUGCAUUGGUCGAUUCGAAGUCAGACUUAAUUUUCACACAAACAAGAGUGGAAGCAAAAGGAAAAGGGUGAAUAGAAACACUUUUAGUCAAAGAAAGAAAAAUUCAUGAUACGGGAGUUGAAAUUCCAGCUAAAGAAGGACUUCAGCUGCCACUCAUACACUCGCGAACAUUUGCUAGGAAGAAAGUUAGCUCAGGCGAAAUUCGAAGAAAUAGCGAAGUCAAUAGAAAAUCUAUAAUCAUGCUGCAGCUUGACAUAAAUGACCCUUCACAGCUUUUUGCGAGGAAAAAUACAGAAAUUAUAGAUCCAGUUAAACUAAUUUCAUGCAGCUGUAAAGAAAACAAAAAAGAAAUGCUAUUAAGGAUACAAAUGAUAGAAAACAAAUUCUCUAUUUUAUAUCCAGGACUUCUAAUAGGAGCUGUUUCGAAUGCAUUUUUAGGAGCUUUUAAGAUUGUAUAUAUCAUACUGAAUGAGGGCAAUGAUGACGCUAAUAUCAUCUCUUCAGUAUUUCUCUUCAUAGUAUCUUUCAUAUUCAUUGGAAUUAUCAUUUCAACUAAAAAGUGCUAUAAGUCAAAAGCUUUUCCUUGGUUUAUUAAACAAACUUGCUUUUUUAUCAUCUGUGCAGUAAUAAUAGAAGGAUUUACUGAGAACAAUGAGCUUGACUCAGUGGAAAUUUCAUAUGUAAUCUACAAUGCUUUAUUGAUAGUUCUCUGGGUUCCUUCACACGACGACUAUUUCAUAACGACUAUUUUUUUUUUGGCCUAUUUUUUUUUGGCCUAUUUUUUUUCACCUAUUUUUUUUUGGCCUAUUUUUUUUUGGCCUAUUUUUUUUUGGCCUAUUUUUUUUUGGCCUAUUUUUUUUGGCCUAUUUUUUUUUGCUAUUUUUUUUGCCUAGCCUCAUUCAUGAAGCUGCUGAGAGGACUAAAACCUUAUUGAGAAACAGAGACCUUUCCUUACGCGAUUAAUAUUGAGUAAAUUAAGUUAAAAACUCCUAAUUAAACCUAAAAUUCUCGAAAUUUUAAAAGCAGUGAAUUAGUAUUCAUGGAGUAAGAAAUCUGUUAAGGGUGCAUUUUUUGUUGGUUAAAUCGUUUAAAACACAUUAAAAAUUAGAUUAAAACAAUUAGUAUGGAAUUAUGCCCAAAUAUUAGUAAAAAAUAGUUAAAAAAUUGUCAAAAAAAAGCCAAAAAAAUAGGCCAAAAAAAAAUAGGUGAAAAAAAAUAGGCCAAAAAAAAAAAGGUGAAAAAAAAUAGGCCAAAAAAAAAUAGGCCAAAAAAAAAAUAGUCGUUAUGAAAUAGUCGUCGUGUGAAGAUACGAGUUCUCUGUUCUGGUCUAUUUAUGAAAUACCUUGUUAUCACAAGCUUAAUGAUGCUAGGAGUUGUAGUUCCCCUUAUAAUUAUCGACCAUACAAUGGACACUUGCCUGCAUUUAAUAGCUUUUGGAGGCUUCAUUGUUGUCAUCAACUGUAUUGGCUAUACAGUUGAAAGCGAUCUCCGUGUGUUCUUCGCAUUAAAAGACCUAGCAAAAAAAGAGCUUGAAAAAACAGAAAACUUGCUGACACAGAUGAUGCCUCCACAUGUAUAUAAACGACUUAAAGAAGAGAUAACGACCACUGACUCAUUGCCUCAAGUGACACUCUUAUAUGCUGACAUUGUCGGUUUCACAGCCUGAUCUUCUAAUAGGAGCCCAGAUAGCAUUGUAGGCAUGCUUUAUGAGCUUUUUAGUGAGUUUGAUAAAAAUUGUGAUAUAAAUUAAAAUGGUGUGGUUAGCCAGCCUACUUUUUAGCACCCUUAGCCAGAGGAUUCAUUGGAAAAGCCGAAGUCCAUGUGGAAAGGAUGGGCAGCGCUCUUAAAUGUGUGUCCGAUUUGGUUUUAAUUAGCUUGCUGGUGUGCAAUACAGGAUUAGCAAACUGCAUACACACAUCCAAGCCAUGGCUUAACCCAUGGGAAGAUGGCUCACUGGAGCUGGGAUGGGGAUGCCUGGAAAGCCAGAGGUGCUCAAUUAGCCAUCAGGCAAAAUUCCCAGAGCGAUCAUGUGUUACGCCCAGGGUUCAGAUUUCAUCUUGGUCAGCAACCCAACCAGUAUUCAAAAAGUGAAUUUUCUAGAAGACAAAUUCGUUGAUGUAUGGUUUGAUGGUCUCAGUGUCACUUACUCUCAACUAACAAGUACAAGCCCUCAUUCGUGAGGAGCCAUACAUUCAAGGCCAUGUCCUAGCUGACAAGCAAACAGUAGAGCAUAAUGCGGAGGCGAGUAUUGGCCUACAGGCUUGGAUAGGAUUUCUCUAAAAGCUAUUUAAGUAAAUCAAGUAAAUUAUAAAAAAAUGUGUCGAAAAUCAUGUAUAUAAAGUGCACACAAUUGGAGACUGCUAUGUUGCGAUGAGCUUUAAAGGAGAUUUAGACAGGAAUCCAGGGGAAGAGUGCUUAAAUAUCAUUAAAUUCGCUUCUUCAAUGAUUGAGGUUAUAGAUGCUAUGAACCAAGAGCAUGGAAGUGGGCUGAACAUGAGAAUUGGAAUUCACACCGGAAAUAUCAUAGGAGGAAUUACUGGGACCAAUAUAGUCAGAUAUGAUAUUUAUGGAAAGGAUGUAUUGAUAGCAAACCAAAUAGAAAGUAAUGGACUAGCAGGAAGAGUAUCAGUUAGUGAAGCAACAAAGAACUUAAUAGAAAAUUAUUCUCCUGGCUUAUUUGGGUUUUCUUCUUAUAAAGCAAUCGAUAUUUCGUCAAUAAAAACGAAAAUACAAACAUUUUUAAUUGACAUUGAGUAA